ACUGAUUUUGCUCGUAUUGAAUACAGAAAAUACGUCGUGAAGGAAGAUAUUGCACAUAAAUCACUUAUGGAUGACCCUAUUUUAAAGUCAUAUGCUCUUUGUAUGAAACAAGGUCUCCUCUGCGCCUGGGCCCGGGUAAAAUUGGAAAACAAUGAUCUUCAGCAUCCAUGCGAAUUUUCUAAAUUUUCUAAAGCUCUCUGGGUUUUUUGGUAUGGAAGCAGCGAUGCACCUAGCAUCAGCAAAUGCAUUCAACCCGAACUCAGAGAAGAGGAUCAUGGAAAUUGGAAGCAGGGUUUAUCAUAUGAAAUAAGGACCAUACUCUUUAAAGCCCUUCAUAAUGUCGUUGACAGGUAUUCUUGCAUCAUUUUUGCAUUUUUAGAUGUCUACUUGGUAAGGGAUUCGUCCGUCUGGGGAAAUGGUUCGUCCAGCCGUAUAAAUGUUCAAUAUUUCACAAGCUUCUCAUUUUUCCUUCAUGGCGAAAGCACUGUUUGUGUAAGUUUAGAUAUCCGGCAGUUGCCUCGCGUUCAGAGCAUUGGGAUAAGGCACUUAAAUUAUUGUGCACGGAAUCAAGUCAAGCUCCCUGUCGUUUUAGCUCCUUACGGUAUUUCGGCUCAAUUAAUAGGAUUUCCAACAACACGUAAGGAACCUAAUGAAAUCGCCGAAGAACUGGACGUAUGGCUGCAGUUUUACCCUCUGGUAUUUGAUUCAGACGAAAAUAAGCUCGGGUCUGUUCCUCAUGGUGCCGGUCCUACCGGUGUCCAGGUCCCUGUUUCAGGGAGUCAUUUUUCGACUCCAAAUAAGCAAUCUUCUGUUGGCAUUGGAGUUCAACCUCCUCCACCUUACACAACCCGUUCUGCUCCACUCGCAUUUUGUGAAGGCUUUAAUACUCGCCGAGGUGGCGUUCAAAAUGCUGCAGCUGCAAUAGCAGCUGUCGCCGCAGCAGCAGCGGCUUCAGCCUCUGUACCUUCCGUCUUUCAGCAGCCGUUCCAACCUGCCCCUAAGUUUGUCGAAGUUAUUGUUGGUAAUUUUGCCUUUGAUGUGUUCUUAUACUUUUGA